CUUGUGACUUCUUGAGAACAUCACACAAACAACUGAACGUUAAGCAGAUAUCAAAUUACAGAAGCGAUAAAAACCGAUAACUUCUCAGCUAUCAAUCCAGCUUGAAAGACAGUAUGGAGGUGGUAUUUGUUCUAUGUGUUGUGCUUGCACUUGGAAUGGCUGAACGACUUCAUGCCCCUAUGAGGCCAAGUUCCCAAGAAUACCUGGAGCGAGAAUGGGACAUGAUCAUAAGCAAAGUGAAUUAUGUUAACACUACCUGGAAGGCCGGAGACAAUUUCCUCAGGAUCAUGAAACAUGAGCGUAAGGCUUAUGCUAAGAAACUCUGUGGUGUCUUGAAAACUCCGUUAAAUCUUCAGCUUCCCCAAAGGCCACCUUUAUCGGCCACCAGUUUGCCAGAAUCUUUUGAUGCACGUGACAACUGGUCACACUGUCCGACCAUCAAAGAAGUCCGCGACCAAGGAGACUGCGGUUCAUGCUGGGCAUUUGGAGCUGUUGAGGCAAUGUCUGACAGAAUCUGCAUCCAUUCAGAGGGACAAGAAAACGCUCACAUCUCGGCAGAGGAUCUUCUGACAUGUUGCUAUUCCUGUGGUAGUGGAUGUGAUGGUGGGUACCCUGAAGCUGCCUGGUCUUUCUUCAAGAGAUGGGGAAUUGUGACUGGUGGUCAGUACAACUCCAGCCAGGGUUGUCGUCCUUACAGCAUAAAACCUUGUGAACAUCACACCACUGGGCGCCUUCUGCCAUGCAAAAAAUCUAUUGAUCCAACUCCUAAGUGUCAAGAGUCAUGUGAAUCCAGCUACAAAGUGUCAUACAGCACCGACAAACACUACGGGGCUACUUCCUAUUCUGUCCCACCUGUCGUAUCAGAAAUCCAGACUGAGAUCAUGAAAUACGGACCAGUAGAGGGCGCUUUUAUUGUGUAUUCAGACUUCCCUACUUACAAAAGCGGAGUGUACCAGCAUACAACAGGGACUGCUCUUGGAGGCCAUGCUAUUAGGAUCCUGGGUUGGGGUGUUGAGGAAGGCGUUGACUAUUGGCUUGUGGCUAAUUCAUGGAAUGCUGACUGGGGAGACAAUGGCUUCUUCAAAAUCAAGAGAGGAACAAACGAGUGUGGUAUUGAAAAACAGAUAACUGCAGGUCUUCCGAAGGGCAAAAGAGCAAGGGAGACAACUCCUAUGUUAGAGAAGUGAAACAAUUCCAACAGAAAAGAAAGAUAUUAGUAGACCCACCCUACUGUGAUUAUUUCCUCUAGAUUUGUUUAUGAACGGACUGAUACUAUUUCACAUUCUGACAAGUCUUGACAAAACUUUGAAUCAUAGAAAUGUAAAUUUACUUUUUGAUUUAGGGUAUGUCUGAAAUAUGUUUGAAUUAUAUGUCCACAGGUAUUUUUACAAAAAUGAAAGCAGCCUUGUUCUUCUCAAGAUUAAAUAAGAAAAAAGGGAGGCCACUACAUACCUUAAAUCAUAGUGUAACCCUGUUUAGUCUUGAUUUUAUAUUUUUUAAAACUAAUACUAAAAAUGCUGUCAAUAAAAAAGAUGUCAUUCAAAUGGUAAUAGGGUUGAUGCUCAUGAUAUUGGGGUUUUUUGUGUGUGUUUCUUGUUUAAUUUUCUCUGGAUUUUUACGUGAUCUGUUGGGUGCCAUUAGAUUUAAUUGUAUAUUGAAGGUCUGAAUUUUGCAAGUUUAACAAAUAAGAUCUGACUAUUAAUCAUAUCAUUUACAUUGUAAUGUACUUAAAAUGCUGAAGAUCAUUGACAUUUGCCUUUGUUCCAAAUUAUUGUUUUUUCUUGUCCUGUACCAACUGGAAAAAAAAUUUGUGGAGUGCUGUUUAUUUAACUAUUGCACCCAGACAAUAGAGAUUGUCACUAAUUGUUAAUUUAGAGACUCUGUCUCCUGAAUUACUGAAUGAUCUGAAAUAUAUACUUUUGGCAAUCUUAAUUUUGAUAUUUUGAAUUUUUCCUUUGUUAUGAAAGUAUUGCUGACUAUCUAUCAGUCCAAACAUAAGGUUUCCCUAUCUCUGAUAAAAACAACCUGCAAUUCAAAUUCUUAUUCUGAGAAAACAUUGCCUUAAUUGUUGAAAAUGUAUGCAUUAUGAUGUGUAUUUUGACUCUUUGAACCAUGAAAUGACAGAAAUUCAGCAAAAUCUAACCAUUAUCUACAUUAGUGUCCUUCCAAAAAUUUUCUUCAUAUUGGUGCAUGAAUGAUAAUUCCUAUAUGACAACCAUUCAUUUUCUUCAAAAGAAAUCCAGAAUUAUUAAACUAUUGUAAACAUAAAUGAUUAUGUGAAUGUUGAGGGAAAUUUAUAUAUAUACACACACAUGGACACCAAAACCUGAAUAAUCCAGCUGCAUUCCUUCCUAGUAGAAGUGACAAGAUUACAUGUGUAAGUUGGACAGAAUACAAGUUUCUAUAGAAGAAUUGAUGAUAUAAUGCGUUAUGCCACUUAUUAGGAAAUUGAUCAAUAGAUACAAAUUUUCUGCUGUACAAUGUACAUGUUAUUAUGUCAGUCAUAUAAUAUUUCAGUUAUUGAUACUGUAUGGAGAUUAAGAAUCUUUUUCUUUGUUUUGAUGAUGUCAGUCUGACCUGCAUUCAUCAUAAAGAUCUGAAUUGUCUUUUUUAUGUUAAAAAAGUGAGUAGGUGGGUAACUUUGUAACGUGUUAAUGAAGGGAAAUACAAAGAAAAGAUCUGUAUCAAUAUAUAACACUCGAAUAUAUAUACAAAGAUAUGGAG